AUGCCACUGCAGUCCAAGGGUAAACUCGUGGACGUCUUGUUGGCCUUGACUGAGCCAGAGGUCACAGGUACUGGAUCUGGAUCUGGAUUCAGCGGGGAGAUGUUGAGCAUGAAAGCGCAGGUGGAUGUGGUCUGCUGUAAAUCAGUAGGAACUGAUCUGUCCAUGCUGGAUAUUGAGGAUUUCAUCACAGAAAUCUGUCAGCUGAAGAAAGAGGUGGCUUCACUGGAGGCAAAGCUGAGAGAAAGAGGAGACAAACUGAACAGAGAGGAUGUGGAGCAGGUUUGGGUGCGUGAGACUGAUGGGACAGAAGCUCAGGAUUCAGUCUGGAGCGUCAGAGAUCAGAGAUCCAGAGACACACAGGACUCAGAGCUCAGCCUCACUUUACUCUGUUAUACUGACGCUCAGGAUCAUGAAUCCACUGAUCAAACCUCUGACUGUAACGCUGGAGAACAGCAGAUGCUGCAGACGCCGCUGAAGAUGUGCUCCGUCAAACUGGUGGACUGCAGGAACCUGAUCGAGAGCAGAGGAGAAGAAACCACCGCAGAGAAACAACAACAACACACUGAUGAGGAAGAGGAGGAGGAGGAGGAGAAUAAUGGGGAGGAUGAUGAAGAUGGUGAUGAUUGUGCUGAGAAUAAUGGGGAUGUUGACGAUGGUGACUUUGUUCCUUCAGAUAACAAUACUGGUUCAUCUUCUGAUGGAGAAACUGCAUCUACAUCCAAAGACCAAAAGACAAAGAAGAGUUGUGCAAAAACAUUCAGCAAACAGUGUAAUUUAACAAGACAUGCCAGAAAGAAAAAACACACCGAACAGAAUGACUUCAGCUGCAAGAUCUGUAACAUCAGUUUUCCGACCUUCAAAGAGAGAACCGUUCAUUCAAAAGAGCACAGCGUGAAGAAGGAGUUUCGCUGUGAACAGUGCGGGAAGGAUUUCUUCACAACUCUUUAUAAUUAUAGAGCUCAUAUAAAGACACAUGAAGAAAAGUCUUUCCCGUGCCAUGAAUGUAAAAAGUUUUUCCGGUACAAACAAGAACUUUCUGUUCAUAUGAGAAUUCACACGGGUGAAAAACCAUAUCAGUGUGCUCACUGCGAGAAGUGCUUUAGCCUGGGAUCUAACCUGAAGAAACAUCUACUCACACACAGCAAUGAGAGACCGUAUAAGUGCAAUGAAUGUGGACAAGCUUUUAGAAGCUCAGCUUCUCUAAAGUUACACCUAAAAAAACACUUUGAUAAACCGUAUCAGUGCCCUCACUGCGAGAUGAGCUUCAGUCUCAGAUCAGAUCUAAUGAACCAUCUACUCACGCAAGGCGAUAAAAAUCCGUAUCAGUGCAGUGAAUGUGGAAAACAUUUUAUAAGCUCAGCUUCUCUGAAGUUACACCAAAAAAUGCACUCUGAUGACAAACCGUAUCAGUGUUCACACUGUGAGAAACGUUUCCGUAAUUCAGAUCACUGUAAAACCCAUGAGAGGAUUCACACCGGAGAGAAACCAUACUUAUGCUCCGACUGCGGGAAGAGCUUCGCUAGUUCAUUUGCUUUCAAAGUUCAUCAGAGAAUUCACACAGGAGAAAGACCUUAUCCUUGUAGUGAUUGUGGGAAGAGUUUCUUUAAGCUAAGUGACUUAAAAGUGCACCGGAGGACUCAUACAGGAGAAAAACCUUUUAAAUGCUCACUUUGUGACAAGACUUUUGCUAUAUCAAAUUCCCUGAAGAUCCAUGAACGAAUACAUACAGGAGAGAAACCUUACUGCUGCUCCAUCUGCGGAGAGAGAUUUGCUUUUAAAUGGGUUUUUCAGACCCACAAGAAGAAACACACUGCUCCAGAGUCAUCAUAGCUUCUUCUUGUUCAAUGUAAUGUGCAGAUCAGUGUCUGAUAUUGUAUCAUAAUGUGCGUUUAUGGGUUUUUUUAAUGGAUGACUUAAAAAAAAAAUUAAACUGAUCCAGGCAUGAAAAUGCAAUAAAAUGUCACUGUGUAAUUUUUUGGUAUUGACAGCGGCAUUUACUUACAGGUGUGAAACCUGAGAGUGCUUCAUUAAAGGUCCA